GCAUCUCUGUCUUAUCACUGAGUCAACAGAGAAUCUGUGAGAUAGAGGCAGCAUGUGGGAGAGGUUGUACCAUGGAUGAUCAUUGAUUUGUGCAGCACAAGCGGCAUUUUGUCUUAGAAAUAAGGAGGUAACUGGACAAGGUGCAGGGCCAUAUAAAUCCCCAUUAUCAUCUAUCCGUGUUUCCCCUCCAAAACAAUAUCGCAAUGACGUCGUCCGAAGUCAUUUUUAACCUCACAAAGGAUUGGACUGAAAGCAUGGAGCACUGGCAUCUUCACUUCUUUAUCAUCCCCAGCGUUGUCAUCACUGUCUUCUCAUUUAUUGCAGACCCCGUUGUCCUGGUGUGCAUUAUUCUAUCACGUCCUUUACGUAGAGAGACCCGUUACCUGUUGAUGGCCAACACCCUGGCUGCAGACAUUCUCUUCCUCACCCUCAACCAGGUCACUUUGAUUGGUAAUGCUGUGAAGGCUAAAAUACCCUGGCUCCUUUGUGAGCUUUUCACCGCCAUCCUUGUCACAGCCUACAGCAGUGCCAUCCUCACUGUGACUCUCAUGGUGGUUGACACCUUUGCCGCAGUGCGCUGGCCUCUCCGUUACCAUAACCUCCUCUCACCAACCCAGACCCACGGCAUACUGGGCAUGGUGUGGAUCUUGUGCGCCAUAUACCCUUUCACGUUGAUGAUGAUGAUGCAGGACGAGAGUCCCCAUGGGAAAGUACCUGUGUGUCUGGCUCUCAUCUCCUUUGGUUUCUUUGAGGCCAAGGCCGUCGAGGGGAUCUACAUGUACUUCUUUGUUUCUGCACUGAUCUGCAGCUUUAUCAUUCUCUACUGCUACAUUCGCCUGUACAUGGUGACAAGGACGCAGGGAAUCUGGCACAGCCGCUUCUCUAGGGCUCGGGUCACAGUGCUGGUCCACGGAGUUCUUCUUCUGCUCUAUUUUGCCCCUGGCUUUGUUUUUGCCCUGGAGCUCUUCAUCUUUCCAAGGAAAAACAUAAGUCAAGAUCUUCGCGUCUGGAUCAGUACAGUCAAUGCUAAUAUCUUCAUGCUGCUGCCUAGGGCACUUGCUCCUUACCUGUAUGGUCUGAGGUACCGCGAGAUUGCUGAAAGUCUCACACUUCUGCUACACUGGAGCAGGAGAAACCGGGAAAACACCUCAUCAUGAAGAGCUACCUACUAUGCAGACUAAUGACCAUGUGGUUUACGGCCUAGUUUUUGGGAACUUGUUGCCUAAAGGUCUGUUUUGAUAAGGUUUGUUCAACUAUAAUGUUGAACUAUUGUUUUUAAACAUAUCCCAAUUAAACUUUUAAUGCCUACAUGAUCAGAUUAACAAAAUAUGUAUGACAAAUUGUUCAUGUUCUAAGAAUCCGGGUCAUGAUCCCUGCAGCACCUGUACAUUCUUUUGUUUGGCAAUUUCUUUUGGCCAUUAAUGUUUCCUUUUAGUGCUAAAAAUUUGUAUCUAAAAUUUUCUGUCAAUUUGUCACUCUUAAGUAAUAUAUGGAUGCUAAAUGAUCAAAUGUUUUCGUAGACACAAUUUCAAAUCACAUUUUUAUUUCUCUAGUUCUAGAUUAAGACUACAAAGAAAGUAUACUACAGUUGAUCACCCAA